AUAUUCGGAUAUGGAAAUGGUAUCGAUCAGUCCCAAUUAAAUAACAGCUCGAACCGACACGUUUCAUCCUGAUGUAUCGAUAAAUGAAUGUACAUAUGUACAUAUGUAAUCGAUACAUAAUAGCAGAUGGAUAUAGAUAAAUAAAUAAAGAGGCGCCGCUUGUAGGGAGCCAUUCCUUUUGUGCGCGCUGCCAUAGCACAUGUUUACCCGACUGAUAAAUUGAUUCGCCGAUGAAAAUUCUUCGCGUGAUAUUCAACAUAUUUUUGCAACAAGAUGCCUAAAUCAAAGAGAGAUAAAAAAAUAUCGCUUACAAAAACAAGUAAGAAAGGCCUCGUCUUGAAGCAACAAAUCGUCGAAGAUGUUAGAAAUUGCGUCGAAAAGUAUUCAGAGAUUUUCCUCAUCUCUGUGGAUAAUAUGCGCAACAACAAAUUGAAAGAUCUGAGAGGAGAAUGGAAGGAUAGUCGAUUUUUCUUUGGUAAAAAUAAACUGAUAGCAUUGGCAUUGGGCAAAUCACCGGAAGAUGAAGUAGUGGAAGGCAUCCACAAAUUAUCUCUAGCGUUAAGAGGACAAUGCGGCUUGCUAUUCACAAACAGACCUACCAAGAAGGUUCUGAAAUGGAUGAAAUCCUACGAAGAAGCAGACUAUGCUAGAUCCGGUUUUGUAGUAAGCAAGACGGUUACAUUACCCGAAGGACCUAUGCCAGAGUUUCCUCACAGCAUAGAACCUCAUCUAAGACAACUGGGAAUGCCUACAGCUUUGCAGAAGGGUGUAGUAACAUUGAUCAAAGAGUAUACGGUUUGUAAGAAAGGACAAAUGUUGAGCCCUGAACAAGCAAGAAUUUUGAAAUUGCUGGGUAAACCAGUGGCUACUUUUAAAUUAACACCACUGGGAGUAUUUUCAAAGAAAAACGGAUACACGCAAUUGGUAACUGAAGAUCAUUCUAAAGAAAACAUGGAGGAGAAUAUGGAGAUAGAUGAAAUAGAAAAGACAGAGGAUACGUGAAAUGUGUAUCGUUACAUCGACGAAAAAUUAUAUGAAUUUGUAUAUAUGUUACAUGUACUUUGUAUAAUUGUGCACAAAAAUAAAUUGUUCACUCUGUGGUGUAGUUCUGCAGGAGGACACGAA